AUGUCUACCUCGUUCAACGUUUUCAGAUACUCUCUCCUUGGCGCCGGUGUUCUUUACGGCGCCGUCCACAGAUACAACUUGGAGGCCGCCGAAGAGCAGCAACAAAAGCUCGCCCAGUGGAAGAAGGAAGAGAAGUUGAUCAAGCAAGCCAAGGCCGAGUACGCCAAGGCACAUGCGCCAAAGGAGGCGCCAGCGUCGGCUUCUUCGUUCAACUUGGAGGACCCCAACUUGGACUUUGGCAAGGUUUUGGAGUCGUUGGUGCAGAAGUUGGAAUAA